UAUUGUGCGCGUGCGCGUUGCGACUGCCACGUACUGGUUGACGGCUGAGUGGUCACUUCCUGGUGCGGUUCUUGCUAGGCUAGUAGCAAGCAACCUACUUUAAUUUUUACCCUUGUUUUUUGGUGUGGGGAGCAUAAACCAGGGAUUACAGCGUGGACGUCGGGAGCAGGCGGUAGGAGCUGAAAGAGUUUGGACGGCAAAAUGAACGGCCAGCUCGACUUGAGCGGGAAGCUGAUCAUCAAAGCCCAGCUGGGUGAUGACAUCAGACGCAUCCCCAUCCACAAUGAAGACAUCACUUACGACGAGCUGGUGCUGAUGAUGCAGCGCGUCUUCAGAGGCAAACUGCAGAGCAACGACGAGGUCACCAUCAAAUACAAGGACGAAGAUGAUGACCUCAUCACCAUCUUUGACAGCUCUGACCUCUCCUUUGCAAUCCAGUGCAGUAGAAUUCUCAAACUAACUUUGUUUGUGAAUGGUCAGCCAAGGCCUUUGGAAUCCAGUCAGGUGAAGUACCUGCGCAGGGAGCUCAUCGAGCUGAGGAAUAAAGUCAACACGCUCCUGGAUACCUUGGAGCCUCCCACAGAGCCCGGUGUUGCAGCCACAGUGCCAGAAAGUGAAACAGUUGAUGGACGUGAAGGAAAAGUGGCAACAACAGACUCCAUUGCCAAGCACGUGACACCUGUAAGCGCAGCGAGCAUGUCUGCCUUUGACCCCUUAAAAAACCAGGAUGAAGUCAACAAGAAUGUCAUUUCUGCUUUCGGCCUGAGCGAGGAACAACCCCCAGCUCCGCCAGCAGCGCCCCCAGAGGAGCGCUCAGGGACCCCAGAUAGCAUCGCUUCCUCCUCGUCUGCAGCCCCUCAGCCAGGAUUGCCUCCCCAAGGGCAGGCUCUCUUUCCUGGAGUACAGCAGGGACCCCCAGCUGGCAUGGAUGGUCAGGCUUACCAACAGUACCAGGCCCCUGGUGGAUACCCUCCACAGCAGCCAGGUGCCCCCCCUCAGCAGCAGUAUGGAAUGCAGUAUCCCGCAGGAUACAGCCCCCAACCAGGAGCGCCUCAACCAGCUCCACCGCAGCCCCAUCAGCAGCAACAGUUCCAGAACUAUGCGCCUCCUUCAUCCCAGGCUCCAGCCCCAGGUCAAGCUCCCCCUGCCCCAGGCUUCCAGGGUGGCCAACAACAGCAGCCUCAUCCUCCUCAGGGAGCCCAGCAGUAUCCACCAGGAGCUUUCCCUCCCCAAAACUAUACCUCUCAGGCGUCGCAGCCUGCCAAUUAUAGCAUGCCACCCACUUCCUCCCAACCCGGGUACCAACAUCGCCCAGGGUACACCCCACCUCCGGGAAGCACCCCACCGCCCGGGGCUGCUAACCCAUAUGCCCGGAACCGCCCCCCUUACGGUCAGGGCUAUGCUCAGCCAGGCCCUGGAUAUCGGUAAAAGGGGCGUGUGAAUGCCGCCCAACCCCCACCCACCCACCAACACACACACACACAAAACGCUUGUGGCUCUUUUGACUGGGGGCGGUCUUACCCUUAUGAAUAACAGAUCCAAAAACAAGCAACCCCCUUUCUGAUGGUUUAGUGUUUGUAUGCUGUCUCUCCAAACAUACCACUGGCCUACUCCUUAUUAUGAUUUUUUCUGUUAUCCUUUCCCUUCUAUUUCCUGUCACAAUCUCUGCCCUCUUGUAUCAUGAUAAUGGCGUUCACAUGGAAGACCAGAAGAGGUUAUUUUGUCGGUUCUUUUCCCUGGUAACACUUCAUUGCCUCACCUGACAUCAUGACUGACAUCUGACACAAUGAAACGUUACCCUGUUUUGUGUUUUUACUAUUUGCGGCACCCAUGGCGAUGGGAACACUAAGUGAAGGUGAACGGGAGGAGGGGUAAUCCCCACAUAAUGGCUUUGCCCACUCUUGUUCUUUCUCUAUUGUAUCACUGGUUUUUACUAAUACAUAAAAAAAAAUCAUCUUCAGGUGAGAUUAGUUGUCCGUGUAUAAAAAUGUAACAUUUUUUUUCUUUAACACAAUAAAUGAUUGAGUCCCA